AAGCGUGCUUUAGGACCAAUAGCUUAGCAGCAGGGCCCAGGACUGUCCAAUCACUCCUCCCGGCGUCGCCAAUCACCCGGGACCCCGCCCUUGCCCGUGACGUAAGUAGGGUGGGUAGCAACAGUUGCCCCGGUGAGGGAAACGGAGGCGCCAUAGCCACGGUAGUCGUGGCGACCAAGCAACCCGGCAACGCGAGUCAACAACAACAACCGCCCGGCCGACCCCCACCCCCACCCCGAUCCCCGACCCGGCCCGGGGACCCCGGCACGUUCUGUCCCCCUCCCAACAUCGCCUCCGAGACCUCUGGAAAGCCCUUCUGCGGACAGAAGUGGGGAGAAGCCAAGGCGUACGUUACUGAGCUACAGGCAACCCCGCAACCCUCUCAGCCGCCACAGGCCCAGCCCCAGCCACCGCCAUCAGCGGCACCCCAGCCCCCUCAGCCACCUGCCACUGCCGCCACCCCCCAGCCUCAGUACGUCACCGAGCUGCAGAGCCCCCAGCCCCAGGCACAGCCACCGGGCAGCCAGAAGCAGUAUGUGACGGAGCUGCCGGCUGCCCCCACGCCCUCACAGCCAGCGGGCACACCUGCCCCGUCCUCAGUGUCCCAGCAGUACAUCGUGGUCACCGUCUCUGAAGGUGCCAUGCGGGCCAGUGAGACUGUGUCAGAGGCCAGCCCAGGCUCCACGGCCAGCCAGACUGGAGUUCCCACUCAGGUGGUUCAGCAGGUGCAAGGAACCCAGCAGCGGCUGCUGGUCCAGACAAGUGUGCAGACCAAGCCAGGCCACAUGUCACCCCUCCAGCUCACCAACAUCCCCGUGCCCCCGCAGGCUCUCCCCACGCAGCGGCUGGUAGUGCAGAGCACAGCCCCGGGCGUCAAAGCAGGCCAAGUCUCCCUGACAGUGCAUGGCACCCAGCAGGUGCACUCACCCCCUGAGCGGUCGCCAGUGCAGGCCAACAGUUCCUCCAGCAAGACGGCCGGGGCCCCCACGGGCACGGUGCCACAGCAGCUGCAGGUCCACGGCGUCCAGCAGAGUGUCCCUGUCACCCAAGAGAGGUCUGUGGUCCAGGCCACUCCGCAGGCACCCAAAGCCAGCCCUGUGCAGCCACUCACGGUGCAGGGGCUCCAGCCAGUUCAUGUGGCUCAAGAGAGCUCAGGCAGUCAGUUUCCCGCUAGGAAGGCAGAGCAGCGAGAGCGCAGGCCCACGCCGCCGCCGGAGCCGCCACCCCGGCCGCCCUCGCCCGGGCCGGGACCUGGCGCGCUGGCCCCGGAGCCACCGUCGCUCCCACCCGCGUGCAGCGGCGAGGCCCCGCAGCUAGACAGCCCUGAGCUGCUGCCGCCCCAUUACGAUCUGGGCGCUGAGCAGUGGGUGGAGCUGGUGGGCGUGCUGCCCCCACACCUGCUCCUGCCGCAGCAGAAAGUGGUCCUCGAGCCACUGCCCGGGCUCCCGGCCCCAGCCAGCCCCGACCAGAGGGUCAGGAUCCAGAGAGUCCCCCAGGUGCUAGUGUUCAGCACGGCUGCCACGGCCCUCAAAGUGCAGCAGCUCCAGCAGGUACCUGUCCCACAUGUGUACUCCAGCCAAGUGCAGUAUGUGGAGGGCGGUGACGCCAGCUACACAACCAGUGCCAUCCGUUCCAGCACCUACCCCUACCCCGAGACACCGCUGUACACGCAAACAGCAGGCACCAGCUACUAUGAGGCUGCAGGCACAGCUGCCCAGGUCAGCACGCCUGCCACCUCCCAAGCGGUGGCCAGCAGUGGCUCCGUGCCCAUGUACGUGUCUGGCAGCCAGGUCGUCGCCAGCCCUACCAGCAGUGGGGGCGGGGCCAGCAACAGCAGCAACGGCGGCAGUGGUGGCAAUGGAGCCGGUGGCGGCGGCAGUGGUGGAGGCAGCAGCGGCAGCAGCAGCGGAGCAGGCACCUACGUGAUCCAAGGUGGCUACAUGCUGGGCAGUGCCAGCCAGUCCUACUCCCAUACCACCCGUGCCUCACCAGCCACUGUCCAGUGGCUCCUGGACAACUAUGAGACGGCCGAGGGCGUGAGUCUGCCACGGAGCACCCUCUACUGCCACUACCUACUGCACUGCCAGGAGCAGAAGCUGGAGCCCGUCAAUGCCGCCUCCUUUGGCAAGCUCAUCCGCUCUGUCUUCAUGGGCUUGCGCACCCGCCGUCUGGGCACCAGGGGCAACUCCAAGUACCACUACUAUGGCCUGCGCAUCAAGGCCAGCUCGCCUCUGCUGCGGCUGAUGGAGGACCAACAGCACAUGGCUAUGCGAGGCCAGCCCUUCUCACAAAAGCAGAGGCUCAAGCCCAUCCAGAAGAUGGAGGGCAUGACCAACGGUGUGGCCGUGGGGCCACAGCAGGCCACCGGGCUGUCAGACAUCAGCGCCCAGGUCCAGCAGUACCAGCAGUUCCUGGAUGCCUCGAGGAGCCUCCCUGACUUCUCAGAGCUUGACAUCCAGGGCAAAGUGCUGCCCGAGGGCAUCGGGCCUGGGGACAUCAAGGCCUUCCAGGUCCUAUACCGGGAGCACUGUGAGGCCAUCGUUGACGUCAUGGUGAACCUGCAGUUCACCCUGGUGGAGACGCUGUGGAAAACCUUCUGGAGGUACAACCUCAACCAGUCCAGUGAGGCACCCCCGCUGGCCGUGCACGACGAGGCUGAGAAGCGGCUGCCCAAGGCCAGCUUGGUGCUGCUGUCCAAGUUCGAGCCGGUGCUGCAGUGGACCAAGCACUGUGACAACGUGCUAUACCAGGGCCUGGUGGAAAUCCUUAUCCCUGACGUGCUGCGGCCCAUCCCCAGUGCCUUGACCCAAGCAAUCCGGAACUUUGCCAAGAGCCUGGAAAGCUGGCUCACUCAUGCCAUGGUGAACAUCCCUGAGGAGAUGUUGCGGGUGAAGGUGGCAGCUGCUGGCGCCUUUGCGCAGACGCUGCGGCGGUACACGUCGCUUAACCACUUGGCGCAGGCGGCACGCGCAGUGCUGCAGAACACGGCGCAGAUCAAUCAGAUGCUGAGCGACCUCAACCGAGUGGACUUCGCCAAUGUGCAGGAGCAGGCCUCGUGGGUGUGCCGCUGCGAGGACCGAGUAGUGCAGCGGCUGGAGCAGGACUUCAAGGUGACGCUUCAGCAGCAGAACUCGUUGGAGCAGUGGGCGGCCUGGCUGGAUGGCGUCGUGAGUCAGGUGCUCAAGCCCUACCAGGGCAGCACCGGCUUUCCCAAGGCCGCCAAGCUCUUCCUCCUCAAGUGGUCCUUCUACAGCUCCAUGGUGAUUAGGGACCUGACCCUGCGCAGCGCGGCCAGCUUCGGCUCCUUCCACCUCAUCCGGCUGCUCUACGAUGAGUACAUGUACUACCUGAUCGAGCACCGAGUGGCUCAAGCCAAGGGAGAGACCCCCAUCGCCGUCAUGGGCGAGUUCGCCAACCUGGCCACCUCGCUGAACCCCCUAGACCCAGACAAAGACGAGGAGGAGGAAGAGGAGGAGGAGAGUGAGGAUGAGCUGCCACAGGACAUCUCGCUGGCGGCGGGCAGCGAGUCGCCCUCUCCUGCGCUGGGCCCCGAGGCUCUGGAGCCUCCGACCAAGCUUGCUCGGACAGACACACGCGGCCUCUUCGUGCAGGCGCUGCCUUCCAGCUAAGCCCGCAGCCCCCCCUGUCCCGCCCCGCCCGCCCCCUCCGCCCCUCCACUCCAGGGUCCCUCACAGCUCCUGUGGCUUCGCUUUUCCCACUCCAGCCUCGGCCAGGGUGGGGAGGGGGCCUCCCAGACAGGGAAGUCAAGGGGGUCCCACCCCCGACAGGACCGGCACAAUCACAGGGCCGGGUAAAGCCACAGCUGCAAACUGACACAAAAGACGUGCCUUAAGGAACCCGCCGCUGUGCCCAGGUGCCCUUUGGGGCAGCAGCCUGGCCCCUUGACCCAGAAGGCAGCAGCCUCUCCCUCCCCCCCCUCAGGGGGCAGGCAGGCAGGCCCCCUCCCCUGUUAACUUAUUCAGCUCGCUGGCUUUGCACAGCCUGUCCUGGGCCCAGCCCUGAGCCCCGGGUGGGCACAGGUGGGCAUCACCUAGGGAUCCCCCCACUGUCAGCAGCAGCCCCGGGACCCCUUCCCCAGCAACCCCACUGCUCCCUCCUCCUUGGUAUAAGUGCAAUUAAAGCCGUGGGUGUCGCAUCUUCUCCAGAGCUGGGUUCUCCCUUGCCCCACAGCCCUCGAGGGGGGCACUGCCCGGCCUAGCUCUGGGGAAGGCAGCCUGGCUCUAGGGAAGGCUGCAGGGGGCACUGCCUCCAGCUUCCAAAGAGCAGUGGGCUGGGCCUGGUGCCGGAGCCCAGAGGGGCCUGCUGCGGGCAGCAGGGCCCAGAAGUAGCCUGCCCUCAAGGCCUGGGCUCCGCUCGCUCAGAUCCAAGACCACCCCCCAUUUCCCCCACCAAUCCUGCCGCUGGCUGGUUUGUAAUGGAACCUCCGUGCUUCUCCCUGCCGUGUGCCCGCCCCCCACAUGACUAUUGUGCGAUUUGUGAGUGCCGCCCAAGCGGAGUCGGUAACUUGGGUUUUUUUCCAACCAUCAUGGCCUUAUCUGUUCGGUUUUCUCAGUGUUUUCAACCUGUGAGAUAGAUGUUUAUGGCAAAAAUCACACACAAAAAAAGAAAAAAACCUGACCUAUUGUAUAAAAAUCAC